AUGUCAGGUCGCAAAGAUGGGGGUGACUCCUCCAGCGACUCUGCGGCGGAAGACAGAAAGAGGUCAAGAGAAGAGAUCGUGGCCCUGAGGAGGCAACUUAGCUCGCUGACGGAUCAGAUGAGCCAGCUAAUGUCGCUAGUGGAAGAUGCCAUGAAGGCAAGCAAGAAGGAAGAGCCAGCUGGCACCAUGGAGGGUGCCGCUGAUCGCGGCGAUGCUAGGGAGAGCGCCGCCGCGGAGUCCACGAACGCCGAAGGAGGGGCACCGUGGACCGGGAGUGCGCAGGAUUGGAGGUACCUCCGCGAACCUGUUCGAGAGUCUGGCCCGUCAGGGCGACACAGCGGCGAAGCAGGGGGCUUUGUCCCCCAAGAGGUGAGAGUAGCCGCUGCUCACAACCAAGAUCAUAGUAGUGCCAUGGGAGAUGGUGGUGCUGCUGUUGGCUUUGGAUACGGAGCCACAACCCCAGCGACGGGGUACCAAAGUGUGCGGUACACUUCUCCUCCGUUCAGCGGGAAAUCGAAAGAUUUCAACGAAUGGCUAAAUGAUUUCCGCAUGGCAGCUAAUGGCGCAAACCUGUUGGAACAACUUGAAGAGAGCGGGAGCUUGGAGAUCCCCGUCAACAGCGGAAAGAGCAAGUGUUCGCUGUCACAGCAGUACCGUAGCGAGCAAGUAGAGCUCGCAUUCCACGCGUGGAACUUCCUGUCUCACGCGUUGAAAGAAAAAGUUCGGAAAAUCAUGAAGAGGGCAGAGACGCCCCAGGGAGCUCUUCGUGAGCUCAAGACCAUACACGACCCUGAAUCAUCUGUACAGCCGUCAGAGGACCUCAAGUCCCUGACCUCGACCAAGAUCUCUAGAGGUGAAAACCCCCACAACGCCCUAAGUUAGAUGCUUCAAACCGCAAAGUCCUUAACCGAGAAAGGACUAACUGUCAACGAAACGUUCGUCCUUAGCCUCUUCCUGGAUGCCCUUUCGCACGAGUAUGCCAUGACAAAGCACAACCUGCGAC